AUGACGCCUGUCGAUGUCGACGAUGUCGACGAUGUGCUGUGGUGGUGGCGGUGCAGAAAUAUGUUCCGCCCAGUUGCCGUCCCUGUCCAGUUGACGGGUUUUGACAAAGGCUCAGCGUCGCCGCCACAGAGUCUCCGUGUGCCUCGGGCGACCUCCGCGUAUGACUUCGGAGGCGCCAUUUUGACGCCAUGCAAAAGACAUGUGGUAUUGGCGGUGCAGGGCUUCCGCCUGAUCUCAUACGGCCUUUAUUCGAUGGAUAUUGACAUCAAAAGCCACACCGCUGUCACGGGGUCCUCUGAUCCCUCGGACACCGUCCGUUCGAAAGAUUUUGACGAAGAGUUCCGCACCGUCGUGAACAGUGCUGUCGCCAAGGUGAAUAUCCUCCUGGUUCUGCCCACUACAGACCCCGAUCUUGAUACCGAGAUCGAGGCUUUGGAGAUGACAGUGUCGUUUUCUCGUGAAUAA